UUGUUUGAAGUUAAUACACCAACGGAGUACAUGCGAAAAUGAAAUCGCUCUUUAUUUGGCUGAAAUGGAUCAUACUGGGUGUUUUGGUGGUGCAGGGACUAACAGCUCCCGUUGAUACUUGGAAUGAGCAGGAAGAGGAUCAUGAGUUGAUUGGUGGCUACUUCCAAGGCGACAUGGAAGUGGAGUUUACCCGCAAUGGAGAAAUAGCCGAAAGCAGGAAAUGGCCCAAUGGUGUGGUUCACUUUAAAAUUGAUGAAGUUUUUGAUGCCGAUCACACAGCCCAUAUUUUGCGUGCUCUCCAAACCAUCGAAGAGGUUUCUUGCAUUCGCUUCAUUCCAGCCAGUGGUGAUAUGACCGCUUAUCUCCACUUCAUUGGUGAGCCCAGUGGCUGCCACACCAAGGUGGGCUAUCGUGGCAAAUUGCAGACUUUGAAUUUGCAAGUUGAUCCCUUGGAUAAGGGCUGUUUUAAAUUGGGCACCAUUAUGCAUGAGGUCUUGCACUCCCUUGGCUUCCACCAUCAACAGUGUGCCUCCGAUCGAGAUGAUUUUGUACGCAUAGUGGAGGAGAAUAUCAAGGAUGGCAAGGAGAGUAAUUUCAAGAAAUACGAUGAAAAUACUGUUUCGGACUUUGGCAUUCAAUAUGAUUAUGGCAGCAUUUUGCAUUAUAGCUCUACCGCCUUUUCCAAGAAUGGCGAAAAGACCAUUGUUCCCUUGCUGGGUGAGGAUAUUGAAAUAGGCCAGCGUCGUGCCUUGAGUUCCAGCGAUAUUGCCAAAUUGAACCUUAUGUAUCAGUGCCCCGUUUGGGUGAAGUGAUUGUGAUGGGUGGUAUUUUUGAAAAUAAAUAUUAUGAAAUU